AUGAAUUUCUUUAGGAGAGUCUUUUUAGAAGAAGAAUACGAACCUCUGACGUCAAUUGCAAGAGGAAUAACAAAAAUAGAAAUGCUUGCAGGAAUAUUUCCUCAAAUUAUAUCAGUUGGAUCGAUAUCUCCUAAAAUACAGAAUCUUUUACAAGAGAAUAGAGCUAAAAUAGGCUUAUCAGCAUUCAAUGUUACUCCAACUUAUUCCAAAUUGAUUUUAAUUGAUCGUAUGACUGAUAUUCUUACUCCUCUUCUUACAGAGUUCACUUAUGGAGCAGUUCUUGAUGGUUUUGUCGAUUCAACUGCAGGAAUUUUUGAACUUCCUGAUUCUAUUCCUUACAAAGACAGAGAAAUCAUAUUAAGUGAUGCAGAUGAAGUCUUUAAAGAGACUAGAACGCAGGCAUUACCAAAAGCAGCCGUAAUUCUCCAAGAAAAAAUCACAGAUAUUGCAAAAACGAAAGAAGGUCUUCAACCAGGCAUGGACACCUCCUCGUUCAAGAAACAAGCCCUUAAAGCUGACCAUCUUGCUAAAAUUAACAAGCAUAGUUUGUCUUCACUUUCAAUUUUGAGUACUUUUGAUUUUAGAAUUUUUUCACAAAAUUCAAAACCAUUUUUGGCAAAAUUUGAAAUAAUGUCAUCAUCAUUGAAACUGCAUAAAUGUGACGAAAUGUAUAUAAUACAUUCAUUUAUUGUUAUUGAAUCCUUUCCUAAAACUGAAAUUUCAUAUUUUUGA